AUCACACACACUCACAACAAUACUCACACUCAUCUCUCGCGGCACGGAUGCUCGUCGCCGCGCGUGCGUGUAUAGGAGUGCCGUGACGUGACUGUUUUCACUCCCAUCUUCCCAAUAUCGUCUCAUACGGAUUUGGGAAACAUCAUAACGGAUUUUGGAAAACGUUACCAUCGCAAGUGCAUCGAUCACUGAAUUGAAAGUGGUUUAUUACUUGCGACCGGGCACGUGCAUCGGUAACAUUCUCUUGGGUGAACGCGCGAGAACAAGAGAGCAUCAGAAAUCCGUGCGAUCUUAGCUUGCACUGUUGAAUUAAACGCCUCCCCGUUCAGCACCAUCUUCUCUCCUGAAGGGCGCUCGACCUCGAUCCGCUCUGAAGUUUUAAAAUAUUAAAGUUUGACGUUGGCGAUCUGAAAAAGAAUCUCCAUGGCAGAAAACAAUUUCCCUCCUCUUCCACGGUUCAUUCCACUGAAACCAUGCUUUUACCAAGACUUCAACGAGAUCCCAGACCACCAUCGUACAAUGUGCAAACGACUGUAUUACCUGUGGAUAUUGAAUAGUGCCACCCUAGCAGCGAACCUGAUUGGCUGUCUAGCAUGGAUGUGUGGAGGGGGCGGGGCAACCAAUUUUGGGAUGUCCAUUCUAUGGCUAAUACUGUUCACCCCAUGCUCAUACGUGUGCUGGUUUAGGCCCAUCUACAAGGCCUUCAAGACGGACAGUUCUUUCAACUUCAUGGCGUUCUUUUUUGUCUUCAUGGCGCAAGUGGUGAUCAGUAUCAUCCAGACUGUUGGAAUCCCAGGAUGGGGAGUGUGUGGCUGGCUGGCCACCAUCACUUUUUUCAGCACUAACAUUGGCUCUGCUGUUGUUAUGCUGAUUCCAACCAUAAUGUUCACCGCCGUGGCUGUUCUCUCGUUCACUGCGCUCACCAAGGUUCACAACAUGUACCGCGGCAGCGGGGGCAGCAUGAGCAAGGCUCAGGAAGAGUGGACCAGCGGCGCUUGGAAGAACCCUCACGUCCAGCAGGCAGCACAGCAGGCAGCUAUGGGGGCUGCGCAGGGGGCCGUGCAGGGUCAACAGUACUCAGCUGCCCCAACCUACAACUAUGAUGAGCCAAUGUAGAUCCUAUUCAUCCACAAUGGGGGGAGGGGACAGAAACAGGGUAUUUGGAGGGGGGUUCCAGAGGGAUAAAGUCAGUGGUUGAAACGGGGGAAGGGAGAAAGUAAAGAUUAGACAAUUCAAAUAAGUUUCCACCAGUACAACAAUAGAUAAGCUUUUGCUUAAACUGUUUUACAAGUGUGUGAUAGUUUGGGUAUGUCGGCAGGUUUUAUGAACAGUUACUUCAAACAGUAUUUCAAACAUGGCUGAACUGGAGCACCAGUAAGGAAACAUUCCAAAGCUCACUAUGUUUCCAGAGUUACUAGAUUCUCAGAUUCUUCUCUGUGGUAGUUGCAAACCACUUCUAUAUUUUUGUUUAGGUGUUAGUAUUCAAGAACACAUUUCGACUAUUUAGCAAACACAUCUUUACUCUCACGUCUUACAAAUAAGUGUAUGUUUUAUGCACAAAGGGAAGAAAUUAUCAGCUUUUGGAAGUAAAUUGACUGGCUGUUACUUGAUUUUGCAGUUGAAAAAGUAUGAACCCAGUUAACGGAACGUUCUGAGAACUCUGGCAAUGUUCUCUCAAAGUUCUGAACAAACGUUCUUCUAGUAAUGUUCAAUGUCCGUUCAAAGUUAUCUGGUCUUUAACAAUGUUCUCAAAUGUUAGCACAAUGUUAUUCAUACACCAUUCAUGGAACGUUUUUCUUAUAAAACGUUUCAGUUGGACAUUCGUUUAAUGUUUUUUUUUUUUUUUUAGUACUUUUCAGGGAACACAUUCCCAUAAUGUAAGCAAAAUGUUCAGUUUUGUAUCACUAAGAAAUAUUUUCAAAACAUAAAAAAACCCACAAUUUUGAACAUUUAGAGAACAUUCAGAAAUAACGUUUUCACAACUUAACGGGAAUGUUAGCAAAACGUUCUUAGAAAUUGUUUUAACCUGGGAAGUUUAUAAACAUUACUUUGUUUCUUUUGAGCACUUAACAUCGAGUGCAAGUACAAAGAAAGUUAGUUUUCAUUUUCUGUGAAGGUGCGAGGAAAGCCAUAUUCUUACGUUGUUUUUGUUGUUACGUAUUUUCGUUUGUGUUAAAGGUUGUUGAUGUCUUAGUGAAUGUAGUUGUUUUUAUUAACAUUGUUUUCUUUACCUCAGGAUUUAAUCGUCUCAUUUUACUGCUGAUGUACUGUCGCUGAGGUUCGGCUAACGAAAUUGAUUGGACGAAAUAUUGUACAUGUACAUGUUGUACGUUUGUACAUUAGUUGACUUAAAUGCUCUCGAAUAGACUUAGUAUUUAACCUGCUCUUAGCUACAGACUUGUUAUAUAUAUCACAGUCCAUUAUUAUCUGAAUCUGCGAUGGAGGCAGAAAUCGUAUCUGUUGGUUUGCGUAUAAUCUCAGAUUGAAUUUCAGUAAUUUCUGUAAAAUAUGACUUCUGGGUGGUUUAUUCCCCACUUGUUUAAACUUUACAAGUAAAGCGUAUUAUGAAGUAAUAUUGUCUAAAGUACUAAAUAUGGUAUCAUAUUAGUUAUUAAUUACUAUCAUAGUGAUGUACCGUAGUCCUUCACAUCUCCCCAAACAAAGUUAUGUCCACGUCUAACAAAAUUUUCUUGACAUUUUCUGAAAAAUAUUUUCUCAAUUAUGCAUCGACAAGCAAUUUCUGUGUGAAAUUCCUGAAUUACAGAUAUCUAUUGAAAAUUGUGGAUUUGUAAUAUACAGUAGAGAAUUUAUUUAGAUUUGUUGAAUUGACAGUCUGAGGAGUUGGUAAGUGAUGAAUAGAUGCUUGACUGUGAAAGUGGGUCAUAGUUAUAUGAAAAUAAAGUAUGAAAUAGUUUAAAAUAAUAGUGUACAGUAUAUGUAAUAUGUCAUCUCAAUGUCUCUAUCAAGGCUUGUAAAAUACUUUCAGGAACUGUGAAGCAUCAAUACGCCCAUGUGUGAUACCAUUAAUGAUGUUUGGGGAGUUUUUCCUAUGUGCUUUUUUGUUUCUGUAAAGGUCUUUUUGUUGAAAUUUCGAUAAUGUGUGUAUUUGGAUGUUUUGAACGUAUCUUGUUCCACAAUGUGAUGUUUAGUGCACUAUUGUGAGGCUGGUAAGACAGGACUUCCUGUGCAAAGCUUUGGCUGAGGUUUCAUUCCUAACUGAUACCCAUAGUGUCCUCUAGUGGACUGGAUGUAUAAAAUGUUUGUUUUCUGGCUGUAGCCUAAUAAGAAAACAUUGACAGAAGCAAUAUCGGUAUCUGUCAUGCAUGAUUUGAUCACAUCAACAUGUGUGAAUGUUAUAUUUCAGCCGCACCAGCAAAAGCUAAGGUCACUGUCCUUUCCAAGAUCCAACAUGUUUUCCUGUGCCCUGAUCUCCCAGAAGUAGAUGAAACCUUGUUCAUACUGUAAACUUAAAUGAGUGGAACGAUGCCAGUAGAGUAAAAGAUAGUUGUCUUUGUAUAGUGAGUUGUGUGUGGUGCUUGGUAAAUUUGUGAAUUGAACCAAACCUUGUGCCAUGUGUACAAAGGCACUCUGUAUGUGUGUAGAUGUUCAUUAUUUUGUCAAGUUUAAAGUGGAAUGUAUUGUUUACUUGAAGACAAGAACUACUGUCCAGUACAAUUUA